AGCUUUUAAAGCCUAAACAAGUAAACAACUUAAGUUUGAAACUUAAUUGGUUAAGAAUUCUUGUAAUAUGUUUUUCUAAAAUAUAACAUUUACACCUUAAAAAAUAGGUAAAUAAGUAAUAAAACACCAUGUCUGAAAAUAUUAAGACUGUAGGACGUAAAGAAGUUUUUGAUUACACAUUGCAACGACAUGAAAAUCCUAAGUCUAAGAACGCAAGAGACCGUAGCCAAAGCCCUAUUAUCUCAGAAGCUGGUGAUGAUGAUGGUUACAUUUUAGACGAAAUAGCUAAGUUGCCCGACCUUAGUGAACUAUAUUGUGAAGAUGAACGGGAUACUUCUAUGUGUUCGUAUGAUUAUACAGAAAAAAAUGACGGGAUGUCCAAAUCUGAUGUCUAUCACAAAAAUUUAAAAAGGAACAGACAAGAUAGUUUUAAACUUUUUACUGAUAUGCAAACUACUGUUCAGGAGCCUUCACACACUAAAUAUGAUAUGUCACAUCUAUUGAAAUACAAUAAUUUAACAACCACUUCAACGCAAUCGGAUGAUUCACGGCAUAUCACCAUGUUAAUAAGACAAAGGGACAAUUGUAAAAAAAGUGCUAUAGAGCUUAAAAAUAAAUUGAAAGCCUUAAAGCUUCAAAGUAAAAGCAGCAAAUCGUUAAGUACUGAUAAUUUCUUCAAAAAUAAUAAUAAACUGCAGUUGGACCUCCAUAAUAAGUUGAAGGCUACCGGCAAUGUUGUAAAGAUGUUGGAUGAAAUCAUAGAAGCAGAAUGUUCCGAAGCUUACAAUACAGAAACAAAAGACAGGAGCCAAGCACAGAAACAAUAUAAAUAUAAUUACGAAUAUUAUGACCCGGAGUUACACUGGUGUCAUAUUUGUAACGUGUUCCCGCAGACCGCAAAAGAUUUUCUAAAACAUUUGCAUAGCAGUCUUCAUCAGGAAAAAAGUGCAGACCACAUUGAAAAGCCGUGGAGUGAACAGACGGAUUUUGACGAAGGUUUCCCUCAUGUGCCUUCUGCUCCCUCAAAACGAACGCCUAUUAGAGGUCUUCAGUUCUAUGUGCCAACAACAGCGUGGUACUGUAAGCUGUGCAAGCACUUCAUGGGCGAUGCGAACUCUGCCUCAAAUCAUCUGAAGUCUAUCAUACACGCUAACAAGUAUAAUGAAUUUAUUGAGCAUAACCCACAUUUUGAGACCGACUGGAUUUCCGAUCGGCAGAAGGCGUACGAAAAAGUUCAAAGAUUGAAGAGGAUGAUCGAAAAUGAGAAGAUAGUUAGCAUUUGUGUCAGUAGUGACACAGACAGUGAACCUACUCAUACGAAGGAAAAAAGAAUGAAAAAGGAACGUCACAAUAAGCAUACGAAAGAGAAUACUUUGAAGACAAACUUAGAAAAAUUUGACGAAAUAGAUUCAACGCGAUCCCGACAUACAUUUACUCCAAGCGAUCGUGUUUAUGGCCGUUCUGUCUCUCGUGAGGUAGAUGAUGAUGAAAGGAGACGUUUAGAAGCACGCUGGAAAGAUAAAUAUAGUGAAGGAGAGAGACGGAUAAACGAAAGAGACAGGUAUUCUGACGAAAGAGAGAGAUACCAGGAGAGAUCAAGACUGUGUUAUAACGAGAGGGAGAGACGGAGGGAUGAAGAAGAGAGAGAAAGAAGACAUCGACGGGAUUCAAGGUAUAAGCACCGAUACAGACGCGAUUCGUGGGAACGUGAACGAUUACGAGAGCCACAACAAACUAAACCAAAAUACAGGGAAACUAAUGCAAAAAUGUUGCCGGAACCUGAAAAAGAUAAUGAGAAACCAAAAUGUAAUAUGAAAGAACUGAAAGACACUGCGACGAAAUUAUAUAACAAUGAACGCAAAAAGAACGAAAACAUUUAUCAACUCGCUGCCACUUGGCUAAACAACAAUCCUUUGCCUAUCUAUCCACCAAUAGCUGUACCUGACGGCGACAUAAAUCAGUAUUAUCCUUAUGGGUAUCCUUAUUAUAUGGGAACGGGUUAUGGAUUAGAGUCUAUGAUGAAUCCCAGAAUGAUAGCUCCUUGUACUGGUAACUCCGGAACAAGUUUAUUGGGCGAACCACCGAUAUAUUACGGAUUUAAUCAAACAUUCUCACUUUUGUAUAAUCAGAUGAAUCAGCAAAGCAAAACAAUUGGAAAUAUAAUACCGCAGGACUCGAAAGAACAAAUAGAGGAAGAAACCAAUGGUGUAGAAGAAAAUGAAAAGUGUAAACAAGAAGGAAAUGAAAAUGAGAAUAAUGGAAUAGAAGAAAAUUCAAUAGUACAACAAAACUUAGAGAGUGUUAAAGAUGAAUCUCAAUCUGAUAAGGAUCUCCAAGAGCAGCCUCCUAAUGAUAAGGAAAACGUUGAAGUUCAAACAUCUGACAAUAAUCAAAACGCAUCUAUUAAAACUUAAUGCUAUGCAAAUAUAGUAACACUACCCAGAGUAGUGUUGAUCCUAGUGGAUUAAAUGUAUGACUCAUCCUUGGGGUCGUAGAUUCGAUCCCCGGGUUCAAAUGACCUUUUGUUUAUGUGUACAUUUAACACUCGAUCGUACGGCGAAGGAAAAUAUCGUGAGGAAACCAUCAUGCCUUAGACACAGAAGAUUGAUCACUUACUCGCCUAAUAGAAAUGAUCACAGGACAUAUACCUAGAGUAAUCUGAGGCCCAGACCUAAAAGGCUAUACAUAUAUACGUAUCCUAGGCCGUGUGUACGGUCAAAUGUUAAAAUAACCCAAUAAUGUUUACCCAAAAAGAACCGGAUUUCGAUUGGGGUUAUCUAUGUGUAGGUGAUUUAGAAAAAUAUUUCACUUGCAAUUAAGUUUAAGGCAUUCCAGUAUAGAGUUAGGAAUGUUUUGCAUCAUACCGGGUAUAAAAUGACCUCCAAAUCUUAACUUGAACAGAUCUUUUGGUUGUACAAAGGAAUAUCUGCGUUUUUUUU